AUGAAGUCAAACCUAUUACACACGAUUGCUUCCCUGUCCUUGGUGACACUUUCUGCAGCAGACAGCCCUACCAAUUGCCUAUUGGCUUCCAACAGCCUAGGAGAAUACAACGCUUGUUGCUCCGGCCAAGUGGAGGGCAUCAGCGAAAUUGAUGGCAUCCAAUUUGAAUACUUCUGCGACUCCUGGUGGGAUCCUCAAGCCCCCGCGCCUGUGAACACGGCGAGUGCACGCGAGUGCGCACAGCUCUGUUACUGGGAUGGCGCAUGCACCGGCAGCACCUGGGUCAGUCGAAAUGGCCAUUGCUACUUGACUACAUCCUCCGAGGACUUGCAAAAGAAGUCCUACCCGCCGUACAGUGAGGGAUACAUGGCUCUUCGCCAGCGGAUCGGUCUUAGUCCACCAGAAAGCGCCUGUGCGCCGUGGAUCAAUGCGGCUGUCGCCAAUGAAACCACCGAGUGCGCAAACCGAUUGAAACCCAUCCAAGACGCCAGAGAUGUGCUCGAACGGGAGAAUCAAGCCUACAAUACGAGUCUCCGUCAUAUCCAGAAGGAAAGGGACGGGCUGAACGAGGCCAACAGGAAUCUCAGUACAGCACUCAGCCAGCUGCAGCGACAAACAGAAGUGUUAAAUCAAACGAGCCAAGAGCUGAAUGGAACCAAUUUGUUCUAUAAAAAGCUGCUGGACGGUGAAAUUGGAAUGACCUCGAAUUGGCGGGAGUGGGCCAGAUGUCCCGGUGCCGAUGGGAAGGAGAUUACAGUGCAAGGUGUGACCUACAGGCAGUUUUGCAACCAGAGGCUUUAUAGCCCAAACGGCUUUCCUCGUGAUAAUGUGAUUCUCGGUUAUGAGGACUGCAUCGCAUCAUGCAACGAUCUUCCGUGGUGUCGAGGCAUUAACUUUUGGACGAAGUGGACUCGCGCUUGUUUCAGGUUUGACUACGAGGGUACAUAUCCUUUACCCAAGAACUUUUCAGAGCAAGUCAUUGCGAUUACUCCAGUCUAG